AUGACAGAAUCCAAUUCACCAGAGGAUAAUUCCAUGGCUGACGUUUUGGACUCUGAUAUCUUCAAGAAUUUGGACAAAGAAGCUAAUAACUAUGAAACAAAUGAUCGCAAACGAUCACGUCCCGUUUCUAAAGCCUCAGAAAAACUGGAAAAUUCUGAAAAUGAUUAUCUAGAAGAUCCUAAUGGCCAUAGUAAUAUGAUUUCCAUGAGUAGUACUCCAUUCACAAAUAAAUUCUUCAAUUACAAUGGUAAUUUUGCAAGCAGUGAUUUGAUGAUGUUGAGUAACUCGCCAUAUUCUAAUAGGUCUUCAAUAAACCGACGUUUCCUGAAUUUUAAUUCCACUAUCAAGAGAUCAACAAAAAAAAGCUCCAAUGGUGUUUCUAAUGAGUUUCUUUUCAAUCUUUCUUCGUCACCUUCCAAAUAUGCCUCUAAAUCAACGCCCAUGGAGAGAAAAUUUGCAGAAAGGGUAGUGGCCUCCAAUAUUGCUACGCCACAUACGGGGAAGUCUAUUCGUAUGAGUGACUUCAUCACUGAUACUCCAUCACAAAAAGAGUUCUUUGGAGAGUUUGGUUUUUCUAAUCAAGGAUCUAUUCUCCGAAGUUUCGGUAGGUCUACUCCGAAGGCACAAAAACAUCCACAAGCAAUAAAUGGAGGAAAAGAGAAAGGAAAAGAGUCUUUGACUUUGGAUACAGACACUGAAAUCUUGAACGAAUUGAAUUUUUCACCAUUCAACAAAAAUAUUGCUGGUGGCUCGCACAGUACAAAAAGAAAAGUUACAAGGUUAUCGAUGAUGGAAUCGCCCAGCAGAACCCCAUUCAGAAACUCUAGAGUUCGGUUUGGCGACAGCAAGGAAAUGGACGAAAUUGGACAAGUGUUGAUGAAUUUCAAAACACCAAAGAGUUUAAGGAAGAAAAUUGAUGGAAUGAAAGGUUUUUACACCAGUCCUUUGCACGGCAACUUCCAAACCCCAAGUUCCUCUAAUGGUGCUCCUGGUGGUUUGAAGCUAGUGAAAAUUGAUAAUGAUGCUACCGAUGAUGAACAAACUGAUGAUGAAACUGAUAGAGAAAUGGAUGAUGACCACAAUAAUGUUAGUAUUAACACCAAAGAAACCAGCACUUCCUCUAUUCGACUAUCAUCCAUUGCGGAUGAUGAAGGGAAGCAGAAGUUGUCAGAUCACAAAGAAAUCAUAAGUCAGCAUCUGGCAUUAAACAUUGGGUCUUCGAAAAUGGCCUCUCAAGCACUUCAUUAUCCAAUACCUCCUCCAUAUUUUACUAAUCCAAGUUCAAAUGCCCCGCAUCUACAUCAUAUUGAUACUCAUCAACUUCCUCAUAUUGUUGCUGGCCUUCAACCUAUUGGUCCACCUCUUGUAAAUAUGAAUACUAAUUCUUUCCAAUGUUUACCUCCACCUCAAGCAAACUUCAUUGAUGGUAACCAAGAUUUGAUCACUAAUAUUUUUGAAACACCGUCAAAACAGGUGAAAAAGGAUGAUAAUGAUUCACCAUCCACUAUCUUGGCAUCAAGUGUGAAAAAGAUGGAUGCUGUGUUGUUGAAACGUGACUUUUUGACAAGCCCUACCCCAUUAAACAAAAAAGCUGAUAAUAGAAAUAUAUUAUUAAGCGGCGUUAUGUCAAUGCCCACAAUGGGAGUUUUUGGUGAACAUAAACCGACAAUUUCCAAAGAUCCAGCCCCAAAUAUAGAAGGUCAAAUGUUACAAACUCAGCUUCAACAACCAGUGAAUUCUAAAACGCAAGAGAUUUCAUCAUUUACUACCAGGACUUUGAAAACCGUUUCUGUCACUGAUAAUAAGAUUGAUCCGUCUGUUUCCAAUAUUGGUAAUACUAAGAUGCAAUUUAUAUUUGCCGAUAUUAAAUCUAUCGAAUCAUUCACUAAUGAUCUGGUAUAUCAAAGAAAACCUAUAAAAAAGAAAACCGGACUUCACAAAAGAUCCGCUUCUACAAACUCUUUUAUUAAUAAAGAGAAUUUUCAUAUUCUGAAACCGUCUUCAGGGGCCAAAAAACAAGUUACCGCAAAGCGACCUCUCAGCGAAUUGAAUCAAAGUAAUUCUAAUGCCCAUAACAAUAAAAAUAAUCCUAAGGCUAAGAUUAUUUCAAAGAUACCCCUUAUUCAAAUUUCUUCUUCUAAAUCAGAGUUGCCGACAACUAAUAACUCGGGAUCAUAG